ACGGGUAUAGCUUUGAUUGACAGAAAAAUAAACCAAUAGCCACCCUGAACCAGCCGGCUCCGUAUCCGCAUUUACGGGAACGUAGUCGGAGGAAGUGAAGUCUGUGAAACAUAACAUGAGUUUUCAUUACGGCCAGGGCUAUCCAGGAGGACACAACCCUCAACAAGGAGCUCCUUACGGUGGGGGAAGAGGUCCAUACGGGGCUCAUCCCACUGCUCCCCCCACUGCUCCCUAUGGAGGCGCACCAGGUCCAACAGGUUAUGGCAGUUAUGGAGUUCCAGGUUAUGGCGGGCAAUAUGGACCUGGACCCGGCGGCGCCCCUCAGGGGCCUUAUGGGGGUUAUGGCGGUCAACCAUACGGAGGAGCUAAUGGGUACAACGCCCCUCCAGGUAAUGUCCCCCCUGGUGUGAACCCUGAGGCCUACCAGUGGUUCCAGAGUGUUGACGCGGACCGCAGCGGCUUCAUUAACAUGAAGGAGCUAAAACAGGCCCUUGUCAACUCCAACUGGUCCGCUUUUAAUGACGAGACUUGCCUCAUGAUGAUAACCUGGCAUGUAUGGUACUUCCUUUUAGACAUGUUUGACAAGACGCGGUCGGGUCGGAUAGACGUGCUUGGCUUCUCGGCGCUGUGGGACUUCAUGCAGCGGUGGAGAGCCUUGUUCCAGCAGUACGACAGGGACCGCUCGGGAUCCAUCAGCGGCUCCGAGCUGCACCAAGCCUUGGCCCAGAUGGGCUACAACCUCAGCCCGCAGUUCUCGGAGACGCUGGUGCAGCGCUUCAGCGCGAGGGGCGGGCGGCCCGGCAUCCAGCUGGACCGCUUCAUCCAGGUGUGCACCCAGCUGCAGAGCAUCACGCAGGUGUUCCGGGAGAGGGACGGCGCCAUGGCCGGCAGCAUCCGCCUCAGCUACGAGGACUUCCUCUCCAGCGCGGUCACGCGGCUCAUGUGAGCACGCCACCGUUCCGUCUGCAGGCCGCCGUACCCCCCAGCCGCCGCCACAGGUGCCCACACACACCCAGGUGCAGAUGGCAGCCAGUACACACCAUUCCUGAGUUAGCUGCUGUGAGCAGUCAGUCUGACUGAGGUCCAGCGGCUACUUUACAGCCAGCUGAAGCUUUCACUUUCCCACACUCCGAAAGAGUGUCUGUGGCUUUGUAUCAGCCACCAUCGCUCUCAUUCUCAACAGUCACUCUCUGACCAAAGAUGCCUCGUUAGCUAUGUUAUAAAAGGUUCUUCCUUGCUUAGCGCUGUUAUUGACAUUACGAGUAGCUGAACUCAGAUCCAAGUGAACAACGGACUGAUUGAUCAUUUGGUUGGAGACUCCACUUGGUACAAAUCUGUCACAGCUGAGCCAGUCCUUCUAAUAAAGGUGAUAAAAGCUGCUCCUCUAUGACAGUUCUGGGUUGAAAUUCACGUUUGAUUUAUGAAAUCAUAUGCAGAAGUAGCAUACUCUUUUUCCAUUAAUGAUAUUCAAACUUUUAAAUGAAUACACAGGAGAGGAAUUUGGAGCUUCCAUAAGAUAUUUAUUUGCUAUGGUUGGACAGGGAUAAGAGGUGGAGGGUCACAUUUUGAAGUGCCAGAUUUCUAAAGUAGUUUUUGCCUAAUUGCGCCCUUUUAAAUUCACAUAGCAAUAACGGACACAAAAGAGAGAUGAGAGAGAUAAAAGUGUGCCUCAUUAAGUUUUCUCCUUUUAUCCAUUGCUCCGGGAUCUUCAGUAUCUGUGUGGCCAGUACAUGAAAGGCCCAUCGUUAGUGGGUAAUAUGCUCCUCUGAGAUAUUUGUAUUCUGAUGUCACUUAAAAUGCCAAAUAGUUUGUCAUGCAAAAAGCCAAUAAAUUGUUUGUAUUCAUA